CACGCGCUGACUGCAGUGCCUGGUAUUCUCGCUUAUUUGUUGGUCACUGUUUACUCAUAAUGGCCACGCGCCUUCGACCGAGUAAUAAACGGUGUGCAGUCAUCGGGGGGUCUGGGUUUCUGGGCAGACACUUGGUGGAGAAGCUGUUGGAUCGAGGCUACUCCGUUUCUGUGUUUGACAUCCGUCAGAGCUACGAGAUGUCCGGUGUCACCUUCCACCAGGGAGACCUCUGUGACAAACAGGCUCUGCUGCCAGCUAUGAAGGAUGUGUCCCUGGUCUUCCACUGCGCCUCCCCAGCCCCUGCCUGCGAUGACCGCGGGCUGUUUGAGAGGGUCAACAUCCAGGGCACACGCACCGUCAUUCAGGCAUGCAUCGAGGCUGGUGUACAGAAACUGGUCCUGACAAGCAGUGCCAGUGUGGUGUUUGAAGGGACAGACAUUAAGAAUGGGAGAGAGGAUCUACCAUACGCCAAGAAACCCAUCGACUAUUACACAGAGACCAAGAUUGAGCAAGAAAAGCUGGUCCUCGAGGCCUGUGACAAGGAGAAGGGUUUCCUCACAGUUGCCAUCCGGCCUCAUGGCAUCUUUGGGCCUCGGGACCCACAGCUGGUUCCUAUCCUAGUAGACAUGGCUCGCAGGGGCAAGACGAAGUUUAUCAUUGGUGAUGGGACCAAUCUGGUGGAUUUCACCUUUGUGGAGAAUGUAGUUUAUGGCCACAUCCUGGCUGCUGAACGCCUGAGGCCGGACUCCCCCAUAUGUGGAAAACCGUACCAUAUCACCAAUGAUGAGCCAAUUAGGUUCUGGGACUUCAUGUCUGAGGUGCUGGUGGGUCUGGGAUAUGCUGCUCCCCGCUACCACCUGCCCUACACUCUUGUGUACCUACUGGCCCUGCUCCUCUGGCUGCUGGCCCUGAUCCUGCGCCCACUAGUGUCCUUUAAACCCACCUUUACACCAAUGAGAGUGGCUCUGGCUGGAACCCACCACUACUACAGCUGUGACCGCGCCAAGCAGGACAUGGGCUACAAACCCGUAGUCAGUCUGAAGGAUGGGAUAGCACGCACAGUGCAGAGCUACCCUCACCUCAGACAAGGGGCUUGAUGAUAGAAUGGAGGUAAAGGCCGCUGAGAGAAACUCACUGAGAAUAACGUGAUUAGAUCACCCUGAAUGGAAAAUUCAAAAUGAGGGAACAGACUUUAUCUUUAUUCAAACGUCGCAAUGUGUACCUUUGUGUGCCUUUUCAACUGUUAUGUACCAUUUUUACCAGCAGAUGGUAGCAAACGAUUCUGGUUUUGGUCAACACACUUUCCAAAGUUUUAAAGCACUUCGUAAACAGUAAACCACCGCUUAUGGCAACAUAAAUAUACCGAUUUUACACUGUGAAAACUGCAAACCCUUACAAAUAUUCUUGUUCCAUGUUCACCUGUGUGCUGUACAACUGUUGAGAUGCUGCUGUUAAAUCCCUUAAUGUAUGCCACUAAACCAUGAUUCUUCUGA